GGGCGGGGCAGGGAGGCAGCAUGCUAAACCGGGUGCGCUCGGCAGUGGCGCACCUGGUGAGCUCGGGAGGCGCUUCGUCUCCGCGCCCCAAAUCCCCGGACCUGCCCAACGCCACCUCGGUGCCGCCCGCCACUCCAGAAGAGCCCAAAAGCCCUUCGGCCAGGCGUGGGAUCGGGAGCGGGGCGCCUGCGAAGACCGUAGAGGCGCGAGCGAGCUUCUCCAGACCGACCUUUCUGCAGCUGAGCCCCGGGGGGCUGCGACGCGCGGACGACCACGCGGGCCGGCUUGUGCAAAGCCCCCCGGACACCGGCCGCCGCCUGCCCUGGAGCACCGGCUACGCCGAGGUCAUAAAUGCUGGUAAGAGCCGGCACAAUGAGGACCAGGCUUGCUGUGAAGUGGUGUAUGUGGAAGGCCGGAGGAGUAUCGCUGGGGCUCCUAAGGAGCCUAGCCGAGGCCAGGGACUGUGCUUCUACUACUGGGGCCUAUUUGAUGGGCAUGCUGGGGGUGGAGCUGCUGAAAUGGCCUCCCGGCUUCUGCAUCGCCAUAUCCGAGAGCAGCUAAGGGACCUAGUAGAAAUACUUCAGGAUCCCUCGCCACCUCCCCUGUGCCUCCCAUCCACCCCAGGGACCCCAGGUUCCUGUGACCCCUCUCUCCUGGUUGGCCCUCAGUCCUGCUGGUCUUCGCAGAAGGAUGUGACCCAUGAGAGCCUGAUAAUAGGGGCCAUUGAGAAUGCCUUCCAGCUCAUGGAUGAACAGAUGGCUCGGGAGCGUCGUGGCCACCAAGUGGAGGGAGGCUGCUGUGCCCUGGUUGUGGUGUACCUGCUAGGCAAGGUGUACGUGGCCAAUGCAGGUGACAGCAGGGCCAUCAUUGUCCGGAAUGGUGAAAUCAUUCCAAUGUCACGGGAGUUCACCCCCGAGACUGAGCGCCAGCGUCUUCAGCUGCUUGGCUUCCUGAAACCAGAGCUGCUGGGUGGUGAAUUCACCCACCUCGAGUUCCCCCGCAGAGUUCAGCCCAAGGAGUUGGGGCAGAGGAUACUGUACCGGGACCAGAACAUGACUGGCUGGGCCUACAAAAAGAUCGAGCUGGAGGAUCUCAGGUUUCCUCUGGUCUGUGGGGAGGGAAAAAAGGCCCGGGUGAUGGCCACCAUCGGGGUGACCCGGGGUUUGGGAGACCACAACCUUAAGGUCUGUAGUUCUACUCUACCCAUCAAGCCCUUUCUCUCCUGCUUCCCUGAGGUACGAGUGUACGAUCUAACACAGUACGAGCACUGCCCUGAUGAUGUGCUAGUCCUGGGAACAGAUGGCCUCUGGGAUGUCACCAAUGACUAUGAGGUAGCUGCCACUGUGGACAGGGUGCUGUCAACCUAUGAGCCCAAUGACUCCAGCAGGUAUACAGCUCUGGCCCAAGCUCUGGUCCUGGGGUCCCGGGGCAUCCCCCGGGACCGUGGUUGGCGUCUCCCAAACAACAAGCUGGGUUCCGGGGAUGACAUCUCGGUCUUCGUCAUCCCCCUGGGAGGGCCAGGCAGUUACUCCUGAGGGACUUGGCCCCAUCCCUUUGCCUACCACCAUCCCAGCCUCUCCAUACUUACCCCUCCUCCCAGCCCAAAAUCUGACGUUGUUUCCCUGACCCUUUUUUCGUGGCAAUUUAACUAACAAAGGAUGCUUGCUAGAUCCAGAGUUACAGCUACUGGCAAAUAAACCAUGCGGAUAAAG